AUGGAUCUCUCGGGGCUUUCAUCGUCGGAGCAGCAGGCUAUGACGCGCAUCAUUGAGCAGAAGCAGAUGAAGGACUUCCUCAAGCUGUACACGGGCCUGGUGGAGCGCUGCUUCGAGUCGUGCUGCAACGACUUCACUUCCAAAACGCUCAGCACAAAAGAGGACACAUGCGUGGCCAACUGCAUUCAGAAGUUCCUCAAGCACUCGGAGCGCAUCGGCGCACGAUUCGGUGAAGAAAAUGCCAAGAUGAUGGCGCAGCAGCAGAACAAGUGA